CUAAUUAUGCAAUAUGAAGAACAACACUCAAGAAUUCUAAAAAAUAACCCAAAGAUUGUAUUAAACACAAACCCACACACAUAACAUUCAAUCCAUACAACCUAUCACAUUUCUAGGCUAGGGUUCACAACACACAAGUAAAUCGGAGAACCACUCCAUGACUAAGAAGAAGAAACAACAAAGAAGAAGAGAAAAACCAUGGUAAAUAGCUUCUCUUCAUUAGUUGCUUGGAUUGCCUCCUUGGAGGAGAAAUCUUCACUCUUCAAGCCUUGGGUAGAUUAAGAACUCCUUCUUCCUCCUUUGGUUCGUGACUUUCUCUAUCUAUCUUAAGAAGAAGAAGCCAAUCUCACUCUAGAAGUCCUCCUCUUUUGUUUCAUCUCACUCCUCCUUUUAUACGCCAAUUGGGCGAUUCUCAUGAUCAAAUUUCACGACCGUGAUCGCGAAGGCUUGCCCGUGAACUCGAGCAAAAAUGCGUUGUUUCAUUUAGAAUCUUCACGAUUGGGGAAAAAAUGUCACGGUCUCCCGCUCGUAAACUUCUAUUUGCCCACGAGGCAUGCAAAAGCUCCUGGAUCCCGUCAAUUUCACAGUCUGGGCCCAAGUGUCACGGUCUCCAGCGUUGUGAUAAUGCUCCUCAGGGGCGACUUCUGCCAUUUUGUCCAUUUCGCUCCAUUCUCGCUCUCUUUUGUUCGACUUUCGCUCCUGAGGUCAAUUUCACCUGCUAAGACCUAAAACAUGCUAAAAAUAUGCACAACCUAGUGUAAAAUUGAACCUCAAGCGAUGAAUACGCCUCAAAAAUUACAAGAAUAUGAGGUGAAAACAUGUGUAAUUGAGCCCGAAUCAAAAUCUAAAUCCAAAACUAAGAAAGAAAACAAAAACUUAAACAAGUAAAGCAAAUCCGCCCAUGACAUAACCCUAAUUCUCAAAGGAUUUUAUUAAUCUUUACUCCUUCUAGGCUAAGUAAUUGGAAAUCGAGAAGUUGGUACUGGUUUGUCUUAAUGGAGACAAAGAAGAAUCGAGAAGUUGAACCGAAAAGAGGACAAAAAUGACUAGAGGGCUAUUGAAGUGAGAAAAAGAAGAGAGAGCUACUUAAAAUAGUGAAAAAUUCAAUUAAUAUGUAUAUGUAACUUUCUAAAAUUUAAUUUAAUAAAAAUUUAAUUAAUAAAUACUACUUAACUCCUAGUCUGCACGGAAGAAUUGCAUGCAGCAGAACGGUAUAGCACAUGCAGAGUUAUUGGGCCUGUCCGUUCCAGAAAUUAUGGGCCAUUAGUAUCAGAGACAGAGCUGAGACGGUACGGGCCGCGACCCAAAAUUAGCUGACACUGGACUAUCCGAAGACGAAGACGAAGACUGUCGCAUAGCAUGAGGUCCGCAGUUUAAAGGCUAGCAACUCGAAUUAGGGUUUUCUCUUUCCCCCUUUCUGUAACUGCCGGCGCCUCAAGCUACAAUCCCCCCACUUUCCGUCUGUCGGCAUCGCUUUUCGUCACAACAGAGGAUCAUCUUCGCAACGCCAUCAUGGGGAAGACUCGUGGAAUGGGAGCUGGUCGCAAGUUGAAAUCCCACCGCAGAAGACAGAGGUGGGCUGAUAAAUCCUACAAGAAAUCCAAUCUAGGCAACGAAUGGAAGAAGCCUUUUGCUGGCUCAUCUCAUGCUAAGGGCAUCGUUCUGGAGAAGAUUGGGAUUGAGGCCAAGCAGCCUAACUCUGCCAUUAGGAAAUGCGCCAGAGUUCAGCUAAUCAAGAACGGCAAGAAGAUUGCAGCUUUUGUGCCCAAUGAUGGUUGCUUAAACUACAUUGAGGAGAAUGAUGAGGUUCUGAUUGCUGGGUUCGGUAGGAAGGGGCAUGCUGUCGGAGAUAUCCCCGGGGUGAGGUUUAAGGUUGUCAAAGUGUCUGGUGUGUCUCUUUUGGCUCUCUUCAAGGAGAAGAAGGAGAAGCCACGAUCUUAACUUCUUGAAAUAACUCUUGCGAAAUUUACUCCAGUACUUAGACCCAGAUGCUUGUAAUGAGUGAGUUUCUACUGCAGAUCUCAUCUCUGCAGUUUAGAGUGGAAAACACCUGCCAAAGAUCUAGAGUAUGCCUUUGUAGUAAUCAACCUUCAGCUUUGUGUUUUAAUGGCUUCUUCAAACAAAGUUUUCUUAUGUAGUAAUCAACCUACAGAGGAACUCAUCCUUAUCGUUACGGUAGCUACGCAUAAUGUAUCCAUACUGUUACAUCUUAUCUUGAUUCUUGGGCAUGUUUUUUUUGUACAUGGGAUGUGGUUUAGAUCAGGUAAUACCAACAUUUCCCAUAUCCCAUCAAGUGGGGAAACGUGAAGAUUGUGUUGCUCUAAACACUUCAGAUAGAGACGAGGCAACCGUUGCAUUUGAUAAAAAUCCUCGUCCGGGCCAUUUGGAGUUUGCACCCUCAUCAUAUAUCAGCCAUUUAUGUCCCCAAAGCAAAUGGGUUCUAAUGGAUGUGUUAAAUUGAAUCAAAUUCAUAAAAUCUGUCUGUCUACUAUAAAGAUUCAAUUAAUUC